GAAAGUAAAAACCUCUUGGUAACAUUUGCAGAUUUAAAGGUGAUUUACCCGAAGAGCGGCAUAUGAAAGUGGACAACAAGAACUUUUACUUUGAUAUAGGACAAAAUAAUCGAGGUGUUUACAUGCGAAUAAGUGAGGUGAAGAAUAAUUUUCGUACUUCUAUAACUAUACCUGAAAAGUGUUGGCUACGAUUUCGCGAUAUUUUCAACGAUUAUUGCGAUAAAAUAAAAAAGUCUCCUGAUACUAAUACUGCCGACAACAUUGUACCAUCAACAGCUAACAGUCUUAAAUAAUGUGCAA